CAGAAACCUCAUUUGUCUUGAAACCAAACCAAUAAAAAUCACAGAGUCCCACCGCCAUGGCUUGCUGUGCUCCCUGCUGCUGCAGCGUCCCCACCGGCCCCGCCACCACCAUCUGCUCCUCGGACAAAUGCUGCCGCUGCGGAGUCUGCCUGCCCAGCACCUGCCCACACACCACUUGGUUACUGGGGCCCACCUGCUGUGACAACUGCCCCCCACCCUGCCACAUUCCUCAGCCCUGUGUGCCCACCUGCUUCCUGCUCAACUCCUGCCAGCCCACCCCGUGUCUGGAGACCAUCAACCUCACCACCUGCACUCAGCCCUGCUGUGAGCCCUGCCUCCCAAGCUGCUGCUGAUGGGGGCCGCUUCCCUCAGCGCCUGGCGUGAAAGAGUCUACCCAGAAGCUUUAUUGUUCACCCGUCUCAGCAUCUGCAACUAAUUGACUUUGCUUUCGAAGUUGGAACAAGGAUGACACGAUUACUGACACACCACCACCACCACCCUGCAAAAAAAGAAGAAAAAAAGAAGAAGAAACCAAGAGGCUUUCAAUGCCAUGUAGGGAUAUCAGUAAUCAAGGACAAUUGGAGCAGGUAGAUGCCUAGGAAUUUACCAAAGUUGUUCAAUUCCUUCAUAGCACAGCAUAUCUUUCUUUGGGUGUUUGGGAAUUCUGUUUUCAGUCUUGGAUGGCAUCUUCCUAGAAAUUGAGCAGCUUCUUCAUGAUCAUUCUAAUAAAUUUUACAUCUCUGGCAUAGCACAAA